GGGGACGAGCUCAGCUCGGGGGGAACGCGGCUGCCACAGAGACUGGCAGCGCUGCGGCUCCAGCAGCCAGCGCCGCUCCUGCGGCAGCCUCCUCCCUCCCUCUCUCCCUCCGUGCCUCCGUCCGUCCCUCCUCCGCCUCCACCUCCGCCGGCACAGCCCCGGCUCUCUCCUUGCAUCCCCGGCACUCGGCGAGGCGGAGGGAGGGGAUGGCGGGGGUCGCUGCCCGAAUGCUCGGGGCGCUGUGCUUCGCCGCCUGCCUGCCCCCGGCGCUCGGGAGGGACGCCGGAGCACAGUGGACCCUGGAGAAGUAUUCUCACCAACCAAGAAUUUUAGGUUCUGAUGCCAUUCAAAAAGUUGUGGCCAACACAGACGUUUCUGAAAUGUGGGAGAAUGAUUUGCGCCCUAUCCUGAUAGAAAGAUACCCGGGAUCACCAGGAAAUUACAUUGUGCAACAGCAUAUCAAGCACCGUCUUCAAACAUUAAAGGCUGGUUGGGAAAUUGAAGAAGAUACAUUUCAGAGAUACACACCAUAUGGAUAUAAAACCUUUUCAAAUAUUAUCAGCACUCUGGACCCCUCUGCAAAACGCCAUCUCGUACUUGCUUGCCACUACGACUCAAAAUUCUUUGGACAACAGUGGCAGGAUAGAGUGUUUGUAGGAGCAACUGAUUCAGCCGUGCCUUGUGCUAUGAUAUUGGAGCUGGCACGUUCCCUGGAUAACAAGCUUCAGUUAAUCAAGACCAGCUCAGCAUCAAGACCAGACCUUUCACUUCAGCUCAUUUUUUUUGAUGGUGAAGAGGCCUUUGUCCGGUGGUCCCCUUCCGAUUCCCUCUAUGGAUCUCAACACUUGGCUCAGAAAAUGGUAUCUACUCCACACCCACCUGGUUCAACAACCACAAACCAGCUGCAGGGCAUAGACCUGUUUGUACUACUGGAUUUAAUUGGUGCACCAAACCCAGUCUUCCCCAAUUAUUUUCCAAACACAAUUCGAUGGUUUCAGAGGCUUCAGGCAAUUGAGCAAGAGCUACACAACAUGAAUCUGCUGAAGAACCACCCUGUUGAAAGUCAGUAUUUCCGGAGUACUUUACAUCGAGGCUUGGUUGAAGAUGAUCACGUUCCAUUUUUAUUGAGAGGGGUUCCAGUCCUGCAUCUGAUUCCAUCCCCUUUUCCUGCAGUAUGGCAUACCAUGGAGGACACAGAAGAAAACCUUGACAAAGCCACUGUCGACAAUCUCAACAAAAUCCUUCAAGUGUUUGUACUGGAAUAUCUCAACCUGUGACAGACAAAGCAUCAACAAAUUGUACUCCAUUCACAACACUGUUUGCCCACCUUCACAUUUGCUAUUUAAUUGCAUUGGAGAGUACCAAGGUGAAGAAAAAUAUGAUAGUUCUUGCUAGACUGACUAUUGAUUCAGCUGUCCCUGGCCCAAUGGUCCAUGUAGCCAAAAGAGAUACCAUUAAAUAAGAACUAGUUCAGCCUGGAAAGAAUUUGAUCUUUCCAUGUCUUAUCUCUGAAUAAAAAAAAGCCCCAGAAUUUUUCCAGAUUGUUAUAAUUGGUUUUUGUCCCAUAUUAUGAUCCCAGGAGGGAAUGCCUCAUGAUUUAAUUGUAUGAUACAGUUUUUACAAGGUGUGACCAACCUCUGCAGUGUUCAGCCUUGGAAAUUUACACCAUGUUAUCAAAAGAGGCAAAAAUCACACUAUAGCAGACUUCUGCUUUGGGUUGAAAUAAACCACCUCAUGCUGAUGUGAGUUGCUAGAGCUGCUGACACAUAGAUGUGAUUUUUAAUCCUCUCUGAUCCCUCUCCUUCCCCUACAAAGACGGCUGCAAGGGUUCUUCUCAUGCUGACCACCAGAAAACAGAGCAAUAAUCCAAAUACAGUUUUGUCCCUGUCAUUUGUUGGGUACUUCUUGAUGGAGGAGGGUGGUGGGGGGUGAUGCCAACAGGAAGGUAUGUGGGGGUUUCCUUGGGCUCUGACUGCAACACAGGAGACACAAACAGAAGAUCAGGUGGUGUGUGGGAGCAGUACCCCAGUGCACACCAUUCAGUCACGUGAGAAUCAUUCGCAAUUUGACCCAAAAAACCUCCGAAACACCACCCACCUGCUGUUUUCAAUACAGACUACAACAGAAAUAAUCAUACAAGGAAAGUGUUCACUUCAGAAACUAUAGUUUAUCUAAAUACAAUUUUAAAGGCAAAGUGCUAUCAAAAAUAAAAUGUUAUUAAAAGCAAGACAACAGUUUAGGCACCAAAAAGAUACCAGUUUAACAACCCUGUGCUUUUACAUUCCUUACUGGAAUUAUUCAAUAGAGUUAGUGUAACACUGGCAAAAAGAAAGCCUGGAAUGAGAUCAAUGAAAGCCAGAAGAACAGUAUUCAAAAGCUACUGACAGAAUUAUGGUUUCCACUGGUGAGAAAAGGAGGAGAACAUUUUAAGAAAAAAAUAAAAAUAUCGAGCUGGUAGAAGAUUAACUGAGAGAAAAAGAAGUCAGUAUUUUACUGCUCCACACUUCUUCCCUACAAAGUUCUACCCUGAGCAAAGAGAUUUAAAAAGGAGGUAAGCUAUGGGGUUGUAGGCGUGUCAGAUUUGGCCUGUAUUUUACCAUUUUCCUAAAGCAAAUAUUUUGGAGCAUAAGACAAUAUUAACAUCCACAUUAUGAAGUUGUAACAGAAAUACGUAUUUACAGCAAUGAAAAUUUGUAAAACUUUACUGUUACAGGAUAGCCUGAAAAUUCAAUUCAAUCUGAUUUUGGUAGCUCAAAAUGAAACAAAAGCCUUUUGUGUUUUCCUACUGCUUCAACAUUGGUGAGAAACAUUUGUCUUACCUGCAACUUCUGAAAUAGAAUACAAUGAAAAUUCUAAAAAAUUAGACAGAUGUCUUUAUUUUCAGGUAUUACUGUACAUCAGUGUAAAUAUAUCAGUGCUUCUUGAACUCUUUGCAAUCAUAUUCUCCUCUACUUCAGCCCAUGAGAAAAUAGUCUAAACAACUACAUUAAAUCUGCUGAAGUUUGAAUACUUUGAGCAGCCUCCUAAGUGGCAAAGAAAGGUAACAGAAUGGCUAAAUAUAGAAGUAUUAAACAUGAA